CCUGCUCCGGGCUCAGGCGGGGAGGGCGUCUUUCUUGUCGGUGCAGGCACGUUUGAGCCAGGAAGAGGACCAGAUCCCUGGAGAUCAUUGCCACAAACGCGUGUAACUGAAACCUCCAGCCAUGCUGAAACAGAUAUUAUCGGACAUGUACAUCGAUCCUGACCUGCUGGCAGAACUCAACGAGGAGCAGAAACAGAUCCUCUUUUUCAAGAUGAGGCAGGAGCAGAUCAGACGGUGGAAAGAAAGAGAAGCUGACGCAGAAAAGGAAGAAAAGAAGCAGCAAAAGAAGCCACCGCCAAGAAAAGCCAGCGGGAAGUCAGUGAAAUGGAAGCUGGGUGCCGACAACGAUGUCUGGGUCUGGGUGAUGGGCGAGCAUCCUUCAGAUAAAUCGUAUGCAGCCAUCUGUGAAGAGAUCCAGGCACAAAGGGCAAAGCAGUUAGCAAGCGAGCAAGGCAAGGAAGCGAGAGAGACCAACUGUUCUGUAACGCCGUCUCUGCACCCCCAGCCGGGAGUCCUUGGUGAGACAGAUGUUCAGGGGAACAAUAAAGGCACUCUGGAGGAACAGAAAGAAGAUGAUAGAAAAACUGCUGCUGCUACAACGGGGAAAAGCCAGGAGCUCAAAAAGAGGGAAGCCAGGGAUGUUCACCAGAUGCUGGCAGACUGCCACGUGAGGAAGGGUGGCUUCCCGCAGAUGAAGGAAGCACAGAAGAGAAAUUCAGAAGAAACCACAGUCCCACUGAAGGCAAUACCACAAAGCCACACAAGCUCAGAGACCCAGAGUACGCUGCAGAAAUCUGAUGAGAAUGAGCCUGAAUGGCAGGAAUCCUUGCGGAAAGCCAAGGCAGCAGAUGAGAAGAGACGCUCCCUUGCGCGGCAGGCCAGGGACGACUACAGGAGGCUUUCGCUGCAGGGUGUCCACAGAGGGAAGCAGGCAGAUAUAUCCAAGAAUGCCACAGCAGGAGAUCGGCGACCGCUCCAAUACCCGCCUCUCCCACCCAAGCCUAAACUUCUACCUUCUGUGAUGGCAAACGGGAAAGCAGUUAGGAAAGAGGGAAUCCAGAGGACAAUCUCCACUUCCACUGAAGAAAGCAUCAUCAAGUGGUUCAAAGAGGAGCAAUUCCCGCUCCGAGCUGGCUAUCAGAAAACCACAGACACGAUAGCACCGUGGUUCCAUGGUAUCCUGACUUCUCAGAAAGCAGAGGAGCUUCUGAGCAAAACGGUGCCGGGGAGUUUUCUGGUCCGGGUCAGCGAGAAAAUCAAAGGCUACGUGCUUUCCUAUCGGUCUGUGGAGGGAUGUAAACAUUUCCUUAUUGACGCCUCUAGUGAUUCCUACAGCUUCCUCGGAGUGGACCAGCUACAACAUUCAACGCUGGCUGACCUUGUCGACUACCACAAGGAAGAAGCCAUCACUUCCAUGGGGAAGGAGCUGUUGCUUUACCCGUGUGGUCAAGAGGACCACGAACCAGAUUACGUCUCUCUCUUUAAGUGAACUUCUCAGUCUCAUCACAUAGCCCCGAGCCUGUUUUCACAAAGACCGCACUUCGAACUGGAGCUGGCUGACGCUUACCUGAAACUUGCCUCGAGUCCCUGUAUUUUAAAUCCUUCACAACAAAGCAGUAGGAGGAUAAAUGCUGUUGUGGGCUUCUCAUUUCAACAGGACGCAUCAGCCCAGCAAGCUACAAAGCACCCAGAAAUAUCACGCACAUUGGAGUGAAUUAGAUGAUGAAGUAUCAGCUGUACGGGGAGAUACUGCCAUGUAUUUUCAUUGGGUUUCUGCAGAUUUCCUCGGGGACAUCUAUGUUCAAGCUGCCUUUUGCUAUUGACUGCAAGGUUGUGCGCUGCCUGGGAAAUAGAUUGGUAUCUGCAAUUGAAUGAGAUCAUAGCUUCCUGAAGGCACCAAACAACUCGGAGAAGUGAAUUGGUCUUGAGAGUAAUUUGUGUAAUGUGAAGCUUAAUCCUGUAAAAUGCUGUGCCCUUGGAAUCAAGGAUGUUCGAGCCAAACAUCCGAGCAAACCCCUGGUGCCUUUCAGUGACAUGUGUUCUCUGUAGAGGGAUUUUCAUGAAAAAUGCAUUUUAAAAGUUCCUUUAGCUUCUGAAUAUAGAUUCUCACUCUUUUAACCUGUAUCUAUAUCCCACGCUGGCCGUUCUGCAUAGAGGGGGACUAAUCUUUUGGAAGGGAGAGGAGAAAGGAUACAGGAAUUUGUUUGCAAGAAACAUGCACAGAGCCUAAACAAUGUAAGAAACAGGGCAUAUCAGUAUUAGUAAAGUUUACAGAAAUGUUUGCCAGUAAAGAAUGCUAUUUUCUAGAAUGGAGCUAUUUAUUACAAGUUGUGUCCAGAUUACUGCAUCUGUUGUGAACUUUAACAUAGAACUAUUUCUUUCAACAUAAUGUUCUCUCUUCGUAUCUGUUAAACUGCUCUUUAAAAACACAACUCAGAAUAUUGGGGGAGAAACUGGACAGAAUCACACAGCAAAUUAAUUCUUACCCUGACUGCCUCCAUUUGAGUUGCUGCACGUGACAAACUGUACAGCCGAGGGUUGUGCAAAUCUCCUAACGUCAUCAUUUGUUAGAGAUGUGACCCUCAAGUGAGCAAGCGCUCAGUUGUUUACCCAUUCCCUUCCUUCGGGUGGAUCGGGGCCACUCUGCUAAAAAGAAGCAGUCAAAACCUUCCAUCUUACAUCCACCUGUAUUUUGCAGAACAUUGAUUAAAAUAAAUUCUUGUAAUCAUCUGGUCUU